AUGGCCGUGCCCGACUUCAAUCCCGUCGCUACGCCGAACAAACCAUACCCGCACAUCGAGGACCUGAAAGACCGGGCAAAGAUCAGCUCUGUAGACAAGAAUCAAUCGCUCAACCAUCUGCUCACCGAAGCCUCGACUGCUGUCAAACAAGCUGAAAGUCUGGUCGAAUACCGCCGUCCUGAUCUCGCCUAUGUCGAGUACUUGCGAGCAUUUGAGAUCGCUGUCGCCAUCAUCCCACAACACGAACAGUACCCAAUCCUGAGCAGUCGCCGAGGCUCUCAGUUCAAUUCGCAUCAGUCCAUCCUGCGCAAGAUUAGUCACCUUGCGGACCGCUUCGACAAGAUCAAGGAAAUCAUCGUCAACGACAACAAGCGAAAUGCUACUCCAAGACUCUCCGACAUUCCUGCCCGCCGCUCAUCUAUCCGCUCGUCACCUCCUGCCGUCAACGGCAAUGCCGCCCUCGCCGAUCGUUUCGCAAAGCUUCGCAUGCAACCUGCUCCCGUAGACACUUCUACCUCUAGCAGGCGUGUUGAUUCCCGUGCAUCCAUAGCCUCCAGCAAUGGCUCAAUCACUUCUCCUACAUCUUACAGCAACCGCUCGUCUGUCGAAUUCUCAAACUCGUUCACGAACGGCUCCUCAAGGCCCGCUGGUCCGCGCCAGAUGCCCAACGGCGCUUCGGGCCACCCAUACGCCAAUCGCAUGACCCUCGACACGUCCGUAAACGACUCCCUGCCGACUGCCCCUGCACCUACCUAUAGUCCAGCUCGUAACAUGAACACUCCUAGCCACAUCGACCCUCCAAGGACAAGUGCCCGUAGUAUGGUUGGAACUGGCGGAAGGAGUAAUUCGGUCGCCUCGGUCGCUUCCUCAUAUGCGCCGGGUAACGAAGGAGAAGACUCAGCGGGCUACUUCCCGCGUAUGCCGCAAGAUCGACCACCGCCUGGUCCACCUCGACGAAAGUCCGUACACCGUCCUUCUGAAUUGCGCAUUGGUCCUGAACGCCUUUACGAUUACCUCAAGAUGCAUAGUGUCUUGCUGAUAGACGUCCGAAAUCGCCAAGACUUCGACGAUGGCCACAUAUACGCUCAGUCAAUUAUCUGCAUCGAGCCAGCCGCCCUGGAACCUAAUAUGUCUGCAGAGCAACUCGAAGACGCCCUCAUCCUGUCGCCAGACAUUGAACAGUCCAUGUUUUACAAUCGUCACAAGUACGAUAUUGUUGUCUAUUACGAUCAGAACAUUUCUUCCGAAAGCUUCAUCCACAGACCGACUUCAGAAAGAGAAAGGAACUUGAAAUAUCUAUACGACGCACUAUACGAGUUCAACUCAGAGAAGCCUCUACAACGUCCACCAAUCCUGUUGAUGGGAGGCAUUGAAGGUUGGGAAGACUUGGUUGGUGAUCAAGCCUUGAAACGAUCAAACACUGUCGCGCAACAGAAGUCUGGCCGCCCAAUCAAAAGGGUACCAGUGGCUAGCAAGGAGUCGAGACUAUACGUGCCUAAGAAGCGCUUACGAGACUACAAUCCGCUAGAUCCUGAAGAGGAACGAAAGUGGCAUGAGCGAGCCCGUGUGGAGAGUGUCGUCGUCGAGCGUAAACCUUCAUUCGACGAAGAGGACGAGUCACGGCAAAAUGAGAACGGCACCCAAGUCUAUCAAUCUAUCGAGGAGUUUGUACGUCGAUUCCCUGAAGCUGGCUCGCUUGAGCAGCGAUAUGGAGUCCAGGAACAUCCCACAUCAUUACUCCCAGCCCGGCCACAACAGGUGCCAUCAUAUCCCUCACCCCCACCGAAAUCAGCAAUGCCCUCAAUCCCGUCGCGACCAGUACCUGCUGCGGCUCGCGUCUCUUACAGCGGUGUUAGUGAUCAUCGCGCCGUCUCGGCUCAAAACAGUGGCCCUGCAUCUACAGAACUCCCACCUUAUGUGCCUCCAAAGUACUUACCCUCGAACCUCAGACUACCACGGACAGGUCUUGUCAACUUUGGCGUUACAUGCUAUAUGAAUGCGACCAUACAGGCUCUUUCAGCAACCACACCUCUUACACUCUUCUUUCUUGACGACAGGUUCAAGACCAUGGUGCAACGAGACAACUGGAAAGGUAGCAAAGGUGUGUUGCCUGAGUUGUACGCAAAUUUGAUUCGGAGCAUCUGGAAGGGUGAUGUUGAGGCUAUCCGCCCAAGCACACUACGAUCUUUCUGUGCUCGACUUAAUAGCGAGUGGGGCAUUGAUCGUCAGCAAGACGCGAAAGAGUUUUUCGAUUUCCUGGUCGAUUGUCUGCACGAAGAUCUGAACAAGAAUUGGUCAAAGACACCACUCAAGGCUCUAACGGCGGAUCAAGAAGCAACUCGAGAAAAGAUGCCCAAGCCCAUAGUCUGUCGAACAGAGUGGGGCAGGUAUACUCAUCGCGAGCAGUCGUAUCUCACUCAACUCUUUGGCGGCCAACACGCUUCUCGUCUGCGAUGCACGACUUGUCAUUUCACAUCCACAACCUACGAAGCAUUCUACAGUAUCUCGGUUGAGAUUCCUCGAUCCGGUGUUGCCAGUAUUCAGGACUGUCUGAGAUCAUACUGCGCAGAAGAAAGAUUAUCGGGUGACGAAGUCUGGAAAUGCCCUCGCUGUAACUGCGAGCGUGAGGCUACCAAGAAGAUCACCAUCACGCGAGCUCCCCAGUUCCUCGUAGUGCACUUCAAGCGCUUCAGUGCUGGAAGAGGCGAAUCUGCACGUAAAGUCCGCACACCCAUCGACUUCCCGCUGAAAAACUUGGACAUGUCACAAUACAUGCUGCCAUCACCUAGCGAGCAGGAAACACACCUCAUCAGCAAGCAAUAUGGUGGUGAUGCACUGAAGCCAGAUCCUACCAUGUCACCGCCGUAUCUCUAUGAUGCUUAUGCUGUUAUGAGACAUAUUGGCACAACUCUGACAUCUGGUCAUUAUACGUGUCUUGCCAAAGACCGAGCAAGAGGUUGCUGGAGACAAUUUAACGACACCAAUGUUGGCGACUUUGACCCUGAGAGAUUGACGGAGAGGGAUCGUUUACAGAAUGAGAUGGCAUAUAUAGUAUUUUACGAGCGGAAAUUGGGAAAUGCAUAG